AUGGAGGGGCUGUUAUGGAGGGUCGGUGAUGGUAAAUCCAUAAGAAUUUGGGUGGACAAAUGGAUUCCAGCGACGACUACAAACAAAAUUCAAUCACCAAACAUCUCCUUCCCAAGGGAUGCACGGCUUCUCCAAGAAAAUUUCUCUGAAGCGGAGGUUUCAAGAAUCUGCAGCUUAGCAAUUUGCCCGGGGAGAAGUGCAGACCAGCUAGUUUUGGGGGGUACAAAGAACGGUGAAUACACUGUCCGAAGUGCCUACCAUAUGGCAAAGGCAGUUUUGGAGAGGGAAAAUUGCUCGAGUUCAAUAGCGCAAUCCAAAAACGAAUUAUGGAGGAAGAUUUGGAAUCUUAAGGGAUCAAAAGCCCUACAAAUGUUCUUGUGGAAAGCAUUUCAAAAUAUACUCCCUACACGGGAGAAUCUAUAUAGGAGAAAAAUCAGUCUCGACUCUCUCUGUCCAGCUUGUGGUCUAUUUGUGGAAUCAGUGGGGCACAUUUUAUGGAGCUGUCAAUCGGCGAGGGAUGUAUGGUUGGAUGGCCCACGAGUACUACAAAAAUCUACAAGUGAUGAUGGAAAUUUUAUGGAGAUAGUUCUGAAGUUUAUGGGAAAACUGGAUGAAGAAAACUUCCUCUUGUUCGCAACAAUAGCCCGCCAGAUAUGGUUUCGUAGGAAUUGUUUGGUGCAUGGGGGUGACUUUCAGGCUCCUGCAGUGGUGAUGCGACAGGCAAGAGAUCAAGUAGAAAAUUUUGCAAUGGCCGAGAAUGAGAUACACCACGAAGAGGGUCCACCAGACAUUCUUAUAAGGAACACGAAAUGGGGAAAGCCUCCUGAUCAAGACAGUGUAAAAGUCAAUUGGGACGCCUCAAUCUCAAAAGACUUGGGUAUGAUGGGGGUGGGGGUCAUUCUUCGUAACCAUGAUGGAGAAGUCAUAGCAUCAUUCUGUACUUCGAAGCCUAGAUACUUGGAGCCGGGAUCAGCGGAACCAGUGGGUGCGUGGCAUGCAACUGAGUAG